UUCUUUGUUUUUUGUUUUCUUUUGUUUUACCACAAAAGAAGUGGCCGAAGAUGUAAGAGAAGAAGAACCUGUGGGUGGAUACUAUUUGGGGAGCGACGAGCGAGUUGAUUUUAUCCAUCGUUUAAGUACUUCGUCGUUAUCUGUGCAGUGUUCUUCGUCCUUAUUUAUCGUUAUCAUCGUCGCCGCUACAACAUUCAACAACAACAAAACAAUAAUAACAAUAACAACAAAAAGAACAACACCGCGGAAUUUUAAUUGCAUUAACAAACAACUACAAAAGAGGCUUGACAAGAAGAUAAAAAAAAAGAGAACUUAUCUAAAGGACUGGAAUAUUGGAUAUACUACUUCAUGUUGUCCUUGAAGGCGUCGUGUUUUGUGUGAGAUGAAAAAUUGAGAGAAAAGAGAGGGACUCAACGAGAGAGAGGAAGGAAGCACACACAAGAAGGGAGAAGGAAGAAACCAAAAAAAAAACCAAAAACAAACACUCUUAAGCAUCACUUUUUGAUUCUUACUUUUAAAACUCUCUCUCACACACAAUUCCCCACGUCCAUUCAAUUAUCAUCCUGUACUUUUACAAUCUUGGCUUAAGGAAGGUUUAACCUAAAACCAAUCAAUCUCCUCUCCUAAUAACUCACUGGCUUGUUCUUAGUUGUUGCUAAUAUUUAAUAUAUAUAUACAUAUAUAUAUAGAUAUAUAUAGAGAUUCUGAGAGAGUAUUGUGGCAUGGAUGAUGGCCAUGCAUUAAAAGCUAAUAUUGAUCAUAAGAGCAGCGACGCAGUCAGGAUAAGAGUUAACAACAACAGCAUUAUCAUUGGCAGAAAUAAGAAGAGGAGUCACGUAUAUAUUUAAAAAACAAAAAAUAAAUAAAAUACAUUUUAAGCUCAAAGUAUAUAUACAAACAAACAAACAAACGCCAAAGCCUAAAGAAAAACCAUAUUUUAUCAAUCAAGAAAUUAUAUAAGAGGGAAGAAGAAGAAAACGAAAGAAGAGAGCGGAAGAGUGGAAAAUUUCAAAAAGGAAAAUCCAAAAACCAAUUGUUGCUGGACAACAACAAUAAUAACAAACGACAACAACAACCGCACCAACAUCACAUAUUUCGCGAUAAGAAGGAAUAUAGAGUAGAGAGACAGCCAUAAACAUGGAGGAGCAGUUGCUGAAGCCAGCUUCGGCUACUGUGGACCCAAUUCUUGUCGAGAAGCAGAAAGCAUUGCUACUAACAACAACAACAACAGUUGGAUCAAUCAUUUCAUCGCAUUGCAUUGACGAUGCCUCGAAUUCAUCAUCAUCGAUUAUUGAGGACAUCGAUGUGAGCAAUACAAGCAGCACAAGCAGCGCCAGCAGCACUUCGAGCAAUUCUAGCACUUCUAGCUCAUCAUCAUCAAGCUCGGCUGGUUCAAGUUUGGCCGGUUCUGGAUUGGGCACCGAUUCGGAUACUGGCAAGGGUAGCAGCACCCUUGGUAGCCUCGAUGUAGCCAGCGUUAGUUCAUCGAGCAUCAAUUCGGCACUAUCGACAAGCGGCAGUGGCAUAGGCGGUGGCUUAAGCGGUAUUGCCACAAUAACAUCCAUGACGGCCACAUCUGGUCCAUUAAUUACGGUCAAUUCGAAUUCAUCAUCAUCUUCGUCGGGCCUGGGAUUAGAUUUGGUUGUUGAUGUUGAUAGCUCACUGACCAGCAACAGUAGCCAGGAAUUAAAUAAUACCCAUGGCAGCGUUGUCGGUGUCGGCAUUACCUCCGAUCUGGACUCGCUGGAGGACUCUUGCGGUGGUCUAAUCAAAGAGGAUGAUAAAAUAUGCAAAUUGUGCAGCUCUCGAUUGGUGAUGCCACGCAUCUUGUCUUGCCUACAUGUAUUUUGUGAGGAUUGCCUGCAACAGCAGCUUCUUGUCUCGUCUAAGGAUACUACUAUUGCGGCCAGUUCGCCCACCAGUUGCUCAUCAUCCUCAUUCGAUGGCAGUGAGCAUCAGCAACAUCAGCAGCAGCAGCAGCAACAACAACAACAACAACAACAACGUAUGCAUCCAUUACUAAUGCUACUUGAUUGCCCAACAUGCAAGCAAACCACUCAAUUGGGACCCAAGGGUGUUAAGGGUCUGACAUGCGAUUAUAUUGUGACCAAUAUACUGGAUUUAUCGAAUCUAGAAUCUGAGCAAAUACCCUGCACCUCAUGCAAAAGCAAAGAGGAGGCCAUAUCACGUUGCAACGAUUGUGCCAACUUUUUGUGCAAUGGCUGCGACAAUGCCCAUAAAUAUAUGCGUUGCUUUGAGAAUCAUCAAGUGGUACGCAUUGAGGAUUUGCAGAAGAAUGUUCAUGAUAAAUUGAUAAUACAUAAACCAGUAUGCUGCCGCCAGCAUAUAACUGAGAAUCUCAAAUACUAUUGUUUCACCUGUCAGAUGCCCACAUGCAACGAUUGCUUGCUGAGUGAUCAUAAGGGCAAUGAUCAUCACUAUGAGACGGCCAUUGUGGCGGAGCAGGCUGUUCGUGCCGAUCUUGAGCAGACCAUAACCGAGACAUUAAAUCGCGCCCAAUAUUGCAAUGAUGCGGGGGGCAAUCUAAGCUCAGCUCUAACCGAGCUACAAUCUCAGCAUGAUAAUGUUCGCCAACAGAUUGACGAUGCCUAUAAGGUAUACAAGCGUAUGCUUGAAAUUAUUAAGGAGCAAAUGCUUGAUGAAUUGGGUCGCUUGCAUUCGGAGCGUGAGCUCAAGAUAAUGGAUUUGAUGCAGGGUCUAGAGAAUAAUAUGGGACGUUUGCAGCAGGCGGCACAAUAUGGCCAGCGGGCCAUGGAGAAGGCAAAUGCCAUUGAGCUGUUGCUAUUGAAGCCAGUAAUUAGUGCCCAGUGUCGUAAUCUUGUUGAGCAUACACCGAAAUGUGAUGUUAACUAUCAAUUGAAGUUUGAUACUAAACCAGAGAAAUUUGAGCAAUAUGCUCGCGAUUUGUUUGGUAAAUUUCGUACUGAAACUACAUCUACGGUGGCAGCGACAGUGCAGCAGCAGCAACAUCAGCAGCAACAACAGCAGCAGCAGCAACAACAACAACAACAGCAGCAGCAGCAGCAGCAACAGCACCACCAGUCCAAACAGCAACUUUCGCAUCAUCACCAGCAGCAGCAACAACAACAACAGCAGCUGCAACAGCAACAACAACAACAACAACAUUCGCCACAGCCUCAUCAGUUGCAGGCUCAAAACCUCAUGAUGGCCAGUCUGGCCAAUGCGAGCAGCCUUAAUGUACGCAAUGCCGGCAACAGUGGCAACAAUGGCAUGGUUAACAGCGGCAGCUCCUCGGUACAGGGGCGCCUUAACACAGCCGCUGUAUAUAGUCCAGUUUCGUUGCCAUCCUCAUUGCAAAGCUCCUUCGAUGGUGGCGAUAAUGUCGCCAAUGCAGCCAUGACCAAUUUCUCAACCAUGAUGGGUAAUCAACAAGAUUCGCCACCACAUCAGCAGCAACAACUGCAGCGACAACAACAAGAAAAACAGCAGCAACAGGUUGUUCUCCAUCAGCAACAUCAACAACAGCAGCAGCAGCAGCAACAACAACAGCAGCAACAAAAUCAACAGCUUGGACAAUUGGUUGUACAACAGCAAGCAGCCGCCGCUGCAGCUGCAGCUGCCGCUCAUGUUAAUCUAAAUUUAAAUAGCUUGAGUGGAGCUGGUGGCAAUGUCGCUGGCGGCGGUGGUGGAAGUGGGGCUGGUGGUAAUGGUGGAUCCGUUGUACCACCACCCGCAUUCAGUAUGCUGGAAUAUAAUAUAUCAAGAUUGGCUAGUCUAACUGAAAAUAUGCCCGACACUUUGGGCGAUGCCUUGGCUGUGGGUGGAGCUGUCCCUGCUGGCCAAGUGAUUGCUGGUGGUAAUGCUUCAUCGUCUGUUGUUUCUGUGGUUGGCGGACCACCGCAUCAUCAACAACAACAGCAGCAGCUACAGCAACAGCAGCAGACGCAGCAACAGCAGACGCAGCAGCAACAACAGCAACAGGCGGUUAUUCCAGCUUCAGCUGUUACACCAACUCAACCCAUUACUUUGGCGGAUAUUCUCUCUGGUGAUCAAAGGGCCAUAAAUAACUUUCAAGCACUGGCCAAAUUGGGACUCAACAAUAAUGAUGAUCUGUUAUCUAGCGGUAGCUCAUCGGGAAUUGAUUUUUUAUCAGAUUUUUGUUUGCCGGCUGCUACAUCUCCGAGCUUGCAAUCGCUUAAUCCAAUUGUUGGCGGCGGUGUUGUCGGUGUCGAGGAUUUGGGUUUGAAUAAUUUCCAUGCUGUGGCAACACCAGGAACAACCAGUGUGGUAACUGGACGUAACAAGGCCACACCCAUGCAAAUACGUUGCAAAUUUGGAUCAUUGGGCACGGCCAAGGGGCAAUUCAAUUCACCACAUGGCUUCUGUUUGGGUGUCGAUGAGGAGAUCAUUGUGGCCGAUACAAAUAAUCAUCGCAUCGAAGUAUUUGAUAAAAUGGGUGCACUUAAAUUCCAAUUUGGUGUCGCUGGCAAGGAAGAGGGCCAACUGUGGUAUCCACGUAAAGUGGCUGUUAUGCACAAUAAUGGCAAAUUUGUUGUCUGCGAUCGUGGCAACGAACGUUCACGUAUGCAGAUCUUUUCCAAAUGUGGACAUUUUAUGCGUAAAAUUGCCAUCAGAUAUAUUGAUAUAGUGGCUGGUCUGGCUGUCACAGCCAAGGGACACAUUGUGGCUGUGGAUAGUGUUUCGCCCACUGUUUUUGUCAUCUCCGAGGAGGGUGAAUUGGUUCGCUGGUUCGAUUGCAGUGACUAUAUGCGUGAACCCUCGGACAUUGCCAUACGAGACAACGAUUUCUAUGUGUGCGAUUUCAAAGGACAUUGUGUGGCCGUCUUUCAAGACGAUGGCACAUUCCUCUAUCGCAUUGGCAAUGAGAAAGUCACCUGUUUCCCCAAUGGCAUUGAUAUAUCAAAUGCUGGCGAUGUACUCAUUGGCGAUUCGCAUGGCAAUCGCUUCCAUGUGGCCUGCUAUUCCCGCGAAGGGGCACUUCAAUCAGAAUUUGAGUGCCCACAUGUUAAGGUUUCACGUUGCUGCGGUUUGAAAAUCACAUCCGAGGGCUAUGUGGUAACAUUGGCUAAGAACAAUCAUCAUGUUUUGGUUCUUAACACACUCUAUGUUCACUGAUUGCAAAUCAAAGCGCGAAACAAUCGUCCAUCAGUCGACAUGAACAAAUAUAAUUAUAAAUACUCGUCAGGCAAAAUUUAUGGCUGUCGUAGGCAAGCAACCAAUAGUGGGAGCAGCAGCAGUAAUAGCUGCUGCAACAACAACAACAGCAGCAGUAGCAACA